GCUACGGUACGCUCGACGAUCAGUUCAGUCAGCUCGGUCGCGUAAGUCUGUCGUCACUUUCGUAGUGGUCGUCGUAGUCGUCGUUGUCGUCGUCGUCGAUCGGUGUUUUGAUUUUUUUUUUUUUUUUUUUGCCUCACUCGCCGAAAAACACAGAUUCAGCCGAAUUUAUUGAAAUUUUUUUUUUCUCGUCCGAGACAGACUAGCGCUUGAGAUUCACUUCACGUGCGUUUUUCGCCGAUUGUUUCCAUAUUAUAAUAUCGUCUACUGACCAUAAUUAUUAUCUCCGACCACACAUUAUCACAAAAUAUUUGUCGCGCGGGAAGCUGCGAAGACAUAUCGAGGAUCGCGUGACCAGAGAUAUUGGCCUCUUGGCUAGCAUCUUCACUGUGACUACGAUGUUUCGCACGCGGACCGUGUAAGUCACAGCGGAUCAAAAUGUUUGCGACCAACCGCGUCUCGGCCACGUGGGCCAUCACGAUAUUGACCGUGACUGCGAUGAUACGGGCCCACUGUCCGUCUAACUGCUCGUGUGACGAUGACACGCUGGUGGUGCUAUGCAAAGAAGGCAACCUAGACGUGAUCCCGAUCACACUGAACCCGUCCAUCCAAAGACUGAUGCUCAUGUACAACCGCAUCAAGAUCGUGGAUGCGUCGUUUCAGUUUUACGGUGCCCUACAGUACGUGGACAUAUCACACAACCACUUGGUGAACAUACCCAACAAGGGGUUCGAAGCCCAGGAUAAGCUCGUCGAGCUCCACUUAAACCACAACAAGAUCUCGUCGAUGAAUAACAAGACAUUCAUCGGGUUAACAUCACUCACCAUACUCAACCUGCGCGGCAACUAUCUAGAAGACUUGCCGGACCGGUUGUUCGCAGCGAUGCCCAAGCUUGAGGAGCUCGACUUAGGCGCCAACCGCAUCACCCGCAUCGAUCCGGCUUCUUUUCAGGGUCUAACUCGGCUCCGGGUGCUGUACUUGGACGACAAUCAGCUCCGGGCUGUACCCACUCCUGCAUUUAAGUUCCUAGGAAACUUGGCAGAGAUGCGCAUCGGCCUGAACGCGUUCACCACGCUGGACGAUGAUUGUUUCGCGGGGCUCGGCCGGCUUUCCGUACUCGAGCUUACCGGAGCGGCGUUGAUCAACAUUAGUACCAACGCAUUCAAGGGACUGACCGUGCUCAGGCGGCUGGUACUGACGGACAACCGGCUGUCGGCCAUACCCACUAAACAGCUGUCCGACCUCAACAGGUUGGAAGACCUGUGCAUAGGGCAAAAUGACUUUGUAACGAUCGAACCAAACGCGUUCAAAGGGCUAGCCAACUUACGUUCGAUCGACGUAUCUGGUGCAUCUCAACUGUCUGUCAUCAAAAAGGGUGUAUUCAACGACAACCUUAACUUGGAAACGAUUAACUUCAGCAGUAACAAGCAGCUGGCGACCAUCGAAAACGGUGCUUUCAUGGGGCUGCCAAACCUUCGGAAUCUGAUCAUGCGCAACAACGCGUUUACGUCAUUCGCCGAGGGGAUGGUCACGUGGCAAGAAUUGCAACAGAUCGACUUAACCGAAAACCCGUUGAUGUGUGAGUGUUCUGUGCUUUGGCUCAAAGAGCUGCUGGCCCGCCGUAACACCAGCCACGUAAACUGUGCCAGCCCGGCACCGCUCAAAGAUAAACCGCUCAACUCACUCGGGUCCGACGACCUAUCAUGUGCCAAAUACUACACCAGGCAACAGGCCAUCGUGGGUGCAGUAUUCGGGUGCACGGUGGCGUUCAUAGCUCUCAUGUUGCUAUUGGCGUACCGAUUUCGGAAGCGUCUGCAUCAUUCACUGAAAAAGACGUUCUGGAACAAGGAGACGGUGAACCGCAAAGACCUGGAGUACCAGAAGACGUUUUCGGAUGACGAAUUCAUCGUUCGGAACACUAAUACGCAACACCAUACCGGUCCUCACAGUCACCAACAACAGCAGCAACAACAACAAUACCAUCACCAUCAUCAGCCCCAACAUCACAACUCGCAGCAGCACAACCAGCACCACGGAGGCGUUCAGCAUCACGGCCAGCAACAGCAGCACAAGCAGCAGCACCACCACCUCCAAAACUUUCAACAGCACAUCCAGCAGCAACAACAUCAACACCACGGCAACGACCAUCACAUGAUGAUGAUGAUGAUGUCGCCGACACCACCGCCUCCACCGCCACCACCAUUGCACCACGGCACGUACAGCCAUCACAACCCACAUCUGUACCAGCCACAGCAACCACGCCACCAGAACACGAUGCCGCACCGCAACGAAAAACCGAUACCGGUCACAGAACUGUAGCUAGAGCUUUUCGCCUCAACGCCAACGGGCGAGAGGCGAUACCAGACCGCCGGCACAUCCGACGGUACUACUAAUGUCACUGGUUUUUCGUACAUUUCUGGCGAAAUAAGCAAAUACGGAGGAGGCGGGCAAACGUUGAACAACCGAUCUCUACCACCGCCCGGCUACCGCGUUUACCACCCGCACUCUCUCCGUCGUUUUUGCGACUCUUAAGCCCAGCCACGAAUAAUACACACUUGCCGACCCUAUUUUACUUGUCCCGCCGCUCCGACGACCCUAAUCGCACCGAUGAAAAUAAUCCGACUUGCACACGAUCCCCUCGCCACCCUCCACCACAUCAACCACUGAAAACCAAUUGCCACCCGAUCUCCGGUUCAAGUGCUACGGCGGACAUCGUGCUGUCGUCUCGAUUGUGCUGGUGGCUGUGGAGAGGAAGAGAGGCCAAGUGGCCUUUAUAAACCUGUUAUGCAUCUCUUCGAUCGCGUAACAUGUAAAGCACGCGCUAUGCCUCAUCGUAGGUACGUGUCGGUAUAUAGUAAUAUAUGCCGUUUGAUGAAAAUUUGAAAGAGUAAAGACUGUAGUCGUUGUGUUACACGGGAUACUUUCAUGAACGAGUCCGAAAAAAUAUUCAAUAUAGGAAAACCAAUACCGUCGCGGCCGCCGCUACCAAAACGUCAACAUGUAUACACAUACAUUGGAGAACGUUGGACACACCCACAACACAUACACACACAUUCUAGAUCUAGUCGUAGAGUAUUAGUUUAAAAGAUAAAUUUGAAAAAAAAAUAAAUUUUGUAAAAAAAGAUAAAUUAAUCAUUUUCCUUGUUGUAUUCUGUUCGAAUAUUUAUGUGAUCCAUUGUACGAGUCAGACGUUUUUCUAAAAAUUAAUAAAGGUACUGCUGUUGUAAUCCAAACCCGACAAUUUUUUUUUGUGCUAAUAAUGAUCAACUUUAGAAAUCGUCAUUAUGUUAUGUGUAGCUCUCUACUUUUUAUAAAAUUAUUAUUACUAUCAUAAUAUAUAUGUUAUACAUUAAUAUUU